GAAAACACCGUGAGCACAUUCACUCUUUCCUUCUGCUCGGUCAAGCUUUCUGACGCAUUGAGAUCAUGAAGGACCCCAACUACCCAGGUCAUGCCAUCAGGGAGGAGGUACAGGAGCCUCAAGACCCACACCACCAGGUUCAGGAAGUUAUUACCCCAACCAUCAGCCUCUUCAACCAGGAGGGAUAAGUUCCCUUGUCCCAACGCUAAACUGUGCCCACAACCUAUGGACUCACUUUCAGGUAUUCUUCAUCUAAUAUCCUCAUUAUUUAUUGCUUAUUUAUUUAUUACUUUCUGUUUUUUCUUUUUGUAUUUUCACAGUUUGUCUUUUGUACAAUGGUUGUUUGCCUUUGUUAUGUGUUAUCUUUCAUUGAUUUUAUUGUUUAUAUGAAAGAAAAUAAAUCACAGGAUUGCAUUUGGUGACAUAUGUAUUUUGACAAUGAAUUUACUUCGAAUUUGACUUUGAUUAGCGUGGUCAUGGUACAUUUUCAGACCUCUACGUCUUGCCCCUCUUGAACUAAUCCUACAGAGCACAAAACAAAGGCACCUCAUCUUCUGAUUAGCCAUGUUAGGGGGAGGUAGGAUAAAGGCAAGCAGCCUCAUUUGAAGUAUUGUGUGCUGUUCUGGUCACCUAUAAACAAUAAAGAUAUCAAUAAGACUGGAAGAGUACAGAGAAAAUUUACAGGGAUGUUGCCUUGACAUGAGGACCCGGGUUACAGGGAAACAUCGAAUUGUAUUUUUUUGGCGCAUUGGCCUUCAUAAAUCAGAGUAUUGAGUACAGGAGAUGGGGUGUUAUGUUGAAGUUGUACAAGAUAUUGGUGAGGCCUCAUUUGGAGUAUCGUGUACCAUUCUGGUCAGUUAUAGUGCUGUGCAGAAUACUCAUACUCAAUCACUCUAGAUUUUUGAUAUAAACUUUGUUUUAGAUGUUUACUUUUGGCUUUCUGCAUUCGUGUCAGUAGAAAAGAGAAAUUUUAAAUUUCCAAACAUUUCUAAAAGAUUAAAUGUUGGAGAAAUUUUUGUAUUUCAUUAAAGGAAGUAACAUAUGAAGUAAUAGACCACUUUUCAAAUAAAAACUUGAUGACUUUGUAAGUAUAAAGCCCAGUGCACGACAUGGAUACUCAUGAAUACAGCUUUUUCACCUAGAGGGUGGUGAGAGUGUGCAACGAGGUGCCAGUGGAAGUAGUGGAUGUGGGUUCGAUUUCAACUUUUAAGAGAAGAUUGGAUAAACACAUGGAAUGCAGUGGUCCAGGUGCAAGUCAACGGAAUGAGGCAGAUUAAUAAUUUGGCAUGAACUGGAUGAGUAAAGGGCCAAAUUCUGUGCUGUAGUGUUCUGUGACUAUUGCCUAUCACUCAAUGUUACACCCACAUAUAUAACACACACAAUACUGUCUCUGCUAGUAAUUAUCACCAGCCUCAUCAUAAAGACCAUAAGAGGUAGAAGUAGAAUUAGGCCAUUCAGCCCAUCAAAACUGUUCUACCAUUCCACCAUGGCUGAUCCAUUUUCCCUCUUGAUCCCAUUCCCUGUAACCUUUCACAACCUGACUAACCAAGAAGUUACCAACUUCCACCUCAAAUAUACCCAAUGACUUGGCAUCCACAGUCCUCUGUGGCAAUGAAUUCCACAGAUUCACCAUCCUCUGGCUAAAGAAAUUCCUCAUCUCCAUUCUAAUUGGAUGCCACUCUAUUCUGAGGCUGUGCCCUCAGGUCCUAGGCUCCCCCACUAUAGGAAACACCCUCUCCACAUCCACUCUUUAUUGGCCUUUCAAUAUUCGAUACACUUCAAUGAGAUCCCCCUCCCAUUCUUCUAAAUCCCAGUGAGUGCAAGCCCAGAGCCAUCAAACCUUCCUCAUAAAAUAACCCUUUCAUUCCCAGAACCAUUUUCGUGAACCUCCUCUGAACCCUCUCCAAUGUCAGCACGUCCUUUCCUAGAUAAGGGACCCAAAACUGCUCAGAGUACUCUGAGGCCUCACCAGUGCUUUAUAAAGCCUCAGCAUUACAUCCUUGCUUUUAUAUUCUAGUCCUCUCAAAAUGAAUGCUAACAUUGCAUUUACCUUCCACACCAACUCAAAUUGCAAUUAACCUUUAGGGAAUUCUGCAUGAGAACUCCCAAGUCCCCUUUCACAUCGAAUUUUUGAAUCUUCAGCCCAUUUAGAAAAUAGUCUACACUUUUGUUCCUUCUACUAAAGCACAUGACCAUACACUAUAUUCCAUUUGCCACUUCUUUGCCCAUUCUCCUCAUCCAAGUCUUUCAGCGGCCUGUUUCCUCAAAACUACCUCCACCCAUCUUCACAUCGUCCACAAACUUGACCACGGGCCAUCAAUUCCUACAUCCGAAUCAAUGACAUACCAAAAGCGGUCUCAAUACCGAAACUUGCAGAUCACUAGUCACCGGCAGCCAACCAUUAAAAGCUUCCCUUAUUCCCUGCCAGUCAGCCAAUGCUCUAUCCAUGCUAAAAUCUUUCCUGUAAUAUCAUGGGUUCUAAUCUUGUUAAGCAGCCUCAUGUGCAGCACCUUGUCUGAAAAUCCAAGUACGCAAUAGCCACUGAUUCUCCUUUGCCUGUCGGCCUGUUAUUUCCUCAAAUAGCUCCAAUAGAUUUGUCAAGCAAGAUCUCCCCUUAAGGAAACAAUGCUGAGCCUCCAGGUACCCAGAAACCACACCUUCACAAUCAACUCCCACAUCUUCCAAACCACUGAGGUCAGGGUAACUGGCCGAUAAUUACCUCUCUUCUCUUUACACUAACGCCCCACGCUGUAAUGGUGCUGUGCUAACCGCCUGCACUACCCUAGCGCCCCAUAAAUCUACACAAUUGAAUGAUUUGAUAGUGAGAACCUUUUCUCUGGUUGUGGGUGUGGGGGGAAUAGUACUUCACACACAGCUCAGACAGCCUCUACUCCUGAACUCCAGGCUCAAGUACUUCCAAUAUCUACUGCUGGCUUAGAAGUGUAAGAAGUGGCGGUGUUAAUAGAUUUCAGGAGGAAACAGGCAGAUGUAACCGAACACCCGUGUGAAGUGACAUAAACCAACAGCAACGAUAUUAAGGAGGGAGCAAGAACAGAUCUACUGAACAAGUACAGCAAAUUCAGACAUUAUGCAUUGUUGACUUUAUAAACCAAUCAUAAAAGCCAAGAGAUCAGAACAUAGAACAGUACAACACAGCCUGGCCCUUUGGCCCACAAUGUUGUGCUGACCUUUUAACAUCAAUCUAACCCUGGAAAGCAAAGGAGGAGGAGAGGUGACUUGAUAGAGGUGUGUAUCUUCCUGAAGGAAAAAAGUCACCAUCUGCCCGACCACUGAAGUGCUUUGAAGAUUUAGUUAUUGUAUCUGUGCUGUGAAUACGAUCUCGGGACUCCAGGUCCAGAGGGGCACCAUGGUAGUGUAGAGGUUAGCGCGAUGCUGUUACAGCUCAGGGACUUCCAGAGUUCCAAGUUUAAUUCCGAAAGGAGCCUCCGUACAUCCUCCACCUGGAAUCUGUGGGUUUUCCCUGGGUGCUCUCGUUUCCUCGCUCACUGUAAACUGCCCCAUGAUUAGGUUAGGGUUAAAUGGGGCUGCUGAGGUCACGUGGCCCGGAGUGGAACGCACUGCCAGGGGCAGUGGCAGAGGCAAACGCAUUAGGGCCAUUUAAGAGACCUUUAGAUAAGCACAUAGGUGAUAGAAAAAUUGAGGCUAUGUAGGAGGGAAGGGUUAGAUAGACCUUGGAGCAGGUUGAGAAGCACAACACUGGGCCGAGGGUCUGUACUGUUCUAUGUUUUGAUCGCUUGGCUUUUAUUAAUUAAAUCUGUGAUGGUGAGUGCCUGGUGUGGUGGUAGAGACAGACACAUUCGAGACUUAAGAGAUAUUUAGAUAGGCAUAGGAAUGUGAGAGAAAUGGAGGGAUAUGGACAUUGUGUUGACAGAAGGGAUUAGUUUAUUUGGCCAUUUGAUUACUGAUUUAAUUACAUCGACACUACAUUAUAGGCCAAACGGCCUGUUCCUGUUCUGGACUGGUCUAUGUUGUAUCAUCUCAUGAAUCCCCUCAAGAAAAUACCAUAACAUCGCCCCACAGAAAGAUACAGCAAUUCACCUCCAAAUAUACAUUGAACCCUCAAUCACAAACCAAAAUUACCCCAUUAAUGUGAGUCACUGCAUGCAAACUGGGUUCGCAUUUCUAAAGAGACAAACAGCAAUCAUUGUAAAUAUUUCAACAGCUUGGAUCUGCUUUGGAACAUUCCUUACAGUGGCAACUGAAUUUCGACCACUGGUGCUGAAAAGCAUUACGGUAGUGUGCUGCCCUGACACUCCUUUCAGCCGAUAUCGCCAAGGGGCAGCAGUCUGACAGGAAAACGAGGUGCUCACUGAAACCUCCAGACGGAACCUCAGCUGCUGGCUAUCUGGAUGCACGUAUAUCCAGAGAGAGACCGUGGGUCAGUGACCACACCUGUAGUUCAAAUCCCACAGUGACAACUGGGAGAAUCAGGGACUAAAGUUAAGCAGAGUCAUGAUUAUUCUAAAGGAAGAGAAUUGUUCUAGGUUGACCACUGCAACUUUGGCAGCACAGUAGUGUAACACUAUUACGGCACCUGUGAUCACCGAUAGGGGCCCUAUUCUCACCACCCUCUGUAAAAAGUUCUCUCCACGACCCCAUGGGUUUCCUCCAGUUUUCUCCCAUGUGCCAUGGCUCAGAGUUGGUAACUUGUGGGCGUGCUACGUUGCCACAGGAAGUGUGACGACUCUUGCAGGCUGCCCCCAGCACACCCUCGGACUGUGUUGGUCAUUGACACAAGUUUCAAUGCAUCUAUCACAAAGGUUCUCUCUCUCUUUUUUCCCCCGCUGACACUGAAAUCUUGCAGAGGCUCCAGUUCUUCAAGAUACCACAAUCCAGCUCCAGCUCCCUGUACAAACAGAAACGUUCGCCUCCUCCCACAAGCAAACACAAGAAAGAAACUGUCACACCACCAUGCCGAUAGAAUAGUGCAGCAGUGGACAGGGCAUUUGACCCACAUGUUGUGCUGAUGCCAAUUUCCACAAAACCACCUCCUCCUCUCUAUUAUCCAGAUCCCUCCAUUCCCUUCAAGUUCCGAUUCAGGUUUACCGCACGCACGCAGACACAGGCAGUGAAAUGCAUCAUUUGUGUUAAUAAUCAACACAAUGUGAGGAUGUGCAGCCCACAAGUGUUACCACACAUCGCAUUCCCACAACGUUCAGCAGAACAACACAGAGCACAGCAAGCAACAGAAUAAGCCCCCAUUCCUCCCUCCCUGACACCCACACGGUUCGCCCUCCAACUCAGACACAGUUAGUCAUCCAACUCGAGGAUGCAGCUCCAGGGCUCUAGUCUCCAGGCUUUGGUCAUUGCAGAUUGAUUUUCCAUCCACCAAAUCUGUCAUCUAAAUCUCUAUCUCUGAAUCACCACAUGCCUGUUUCCACGACCACCCUGGUACCCCAUUCAACACACACUCAACGUUUCAGGAACAGCUUCUUCCCCUCCGCCAUCACUAUGAAACCAGGAACACUUACAUCACCACUACUUUUUCCCUUUGCACUAUUCGUUUAAGUUAUAUUUUAUAUAUACCUGUAUCACUCCACUGCCUUUACAAAACAACAAUUUCACAACAUAAAACAAUGAUAAUAAACCUGAUUCUGAUCUUUCUAGCCUGGGGAAAAGAUUCUGACUGCUUACUAACCUGUGCCUCUCAAUUUUAAAAACCACAAUUAGGUUUCCCCUCAGCCUCUGGCACUCCAGGGAAAACAACCCAGUUUGUACAAUCGUUCCUUAUAACUAAUCCAGGCCUCUAGUCCAGAUAUGAUUGACUGACGACCUCAGUGUCACGAGGCUCUCCGUGGGUCAGGGAGACCCAGCUGUCUACAUCAUACACAAGCCGGGGCAGUAACGAUACGGAGAGCAAGCCGUUGCCCAUACAGCGGGCUCCCCCUCUCCACACGGCUGAUGAAUCCAAAGGAACGGCGGAGACCGAUAAAGUUUGGCACCCGCAGUGACGCAGGAGUUGCAGUCAGCACUGAACUCAAUGUAGGACUUCCUGAGGGACUCCAGCUGUGGAUUUUUCCUCGGGAUUUACUCCCGAAGACCUCCCCAUCAAUGUACUGUGGAGAGCAUUCUGACUGGUUACAUCACCGUCUGGUGUAGAGGGACCACUGCACAGGAUCGGGAAAAGAUGCAGAAAGCUGUAAGCUCAGCCAGCUCCAUCAUCAUGUACUAACCUCCCCACCACUGACGUCAUCUUCAAGAUGCCUCGAGAAGGCGAUAUCCACCAUUAAGGACCCUCACCAUCCAGGACGUGUCCUAUUCUCAUUGCGAUCAUCAGUGAGGAGGCUGAAUUCAGAGUAACCUUCAUUCUUGGCUGUGAAUCCACCACUGAAGACAAUCAACGGAUAUUUGUGGAAUAAAUAUCCUAGGCUUUCUCCUACCAGACGGAAUCCCUGAAGAACCAGACCUUUGGGCUGGACGUUGACCUUUAACCUUGUUGGAGAUACGGGGAGACCUGAUUGGAAGGUUUUGACUGUGGCAACAAGUCAUUUUCUCGCCAGAGGCCACCUUUGGCUCAACGAAUCGUCUCAAACCCCAGCGUCAACCAGCUUUCCUGUCCUUGUCGUCAGGGUUGUCCGAGCAGGAAGGCAAGGGUUGGCCAUGUCUUGGCAGGCUUGCUCUCUCUGGAGUUGGGUGGGAGCAAGGGCCCUGGCGUGUCUCCUCCUGGCCUUCUGCUCAGGCCUAGCCGCUGCUGCCGAGCUGCCAGGCUUCCCCCUCGGAUUCUCAGUCCCGGGCAAGAGCAAUUGUAAGCCCAUCCCGCAUACCAUGACGCUGUGCCACGGCGUGGGAUACAGCGAGAUGAGGCUCCCCAACCUCCUGGGGCACGACACCAUGAAGGAGGUGGUGCAGCAGGCCGCCUCCUGGGUGCCCCUCCUCAGCAAACACUGCCACCCGGACACCCGUAAGUUCCUCUGCUCGCUCUUCGCCCCGGUGUGCCUCAGCGAGCUCCAGGAGGCCGUCCGGCCGUGUCACUCGCUCUGCCGCGACGUGAGGGACAGCUGUGCCCCCGUCAUGUUGGCGUUCGGCUUCCCCUGGCCCGAGAUGCUGGACUGUCACCGCUUCCCAGUGGGUAACGAUCUCUGCAUCCCGUCCGCCGACUCGGAGGAGGAGAGCGUCCAGCAGGAAGAAUCAAAGAUCUGCGAUCCCUGUAAAUCAGAGGGAGAGGUCGAGGGAGACAUUCUAGCGAAUUACUGCAAAACUGACUUUGUGCUGAAGGUGAAAAUCAAGGACGUCAUCUACCUCAAUGGAGACGCCAGGAUUGUCCUGGAGCCCCGGAGCAGAGCGCUGGUGGCUCCCGAGUCCAUGGAUCUGAGCGAGGAGCUGUGGCUGGCGGGGGGCUCGGCUUGUACCUGUGACGUCCUGCGGGAUCGCACCGCUUCCUACCUGGUGAUGGGGCAGAUGCAGGGGGAGGGCAGGCGGAUGGUCACUCUGGUCCGGCACUGGCAGGGCAGCAAGCGGGACCUGCGGAGGAUGGCGAGGGGCUUCAAGAAAGUCCGCUGCUACCCGGGCGACAGGAACUAAGGAAGGAAACCCCUGUCUGCGUCUGUUAUCAGUCAGCCAUGGCUUUGAGAGUUCACACUCUGAACCGCCAACCCAGCCUCCCCUUACCUCCAUCAAAUACACCGAGAGUUCCAUCCCCAACAACUCCGGCCCAGUCCAGAACAUCCAAACCUGUACCCCUCCCACAGUGUGACUCACCCUCGAUACCACCCCUCCCACAGAGUGACCCUCCCUCAGUACCGCCCCUCCCACAGUGUGACCCUCCCUCAGUACCACCCCCCCACAGUGUGACCCUCCCUCAGUAUCACCCCUCCCACAGUGUGACCCUCCCUCAGUACCUCCCUCCCACAGUGUGACCCUUCCUCAGUACCGCCCCUCCCACAGUGUGACCCUCCCAGUACCACCCCUCCCACAGUGUGACCCUCCCUCAGUACCACCCCUCCCCACAGUGUGACCCUCCUAGUACCACCCCUCCCACAGUGUGACCCUCCCUCAGUACCACCCCCCCACAAUGUGACCCUCCCUCAUUACCUCCCUUUCCACAGUGUGACCCUCUCUCAGUACCACCCCUCCAACAGUGUGACCCUCCCUCAGUACCUCCCUCCCACAGUGUGACCCUCCCUCAGUAUCUCCCUCCCUCAGUACCUCCCUCCCACAGUGUGACCCUCCCUCAGUACCACCCCUCCCACGGUGUGACCCUCCCCUGGUGACCAGUUGGAGAUACUGUCCAGCUUGGGGUUUUUUUGCAUUUCAACACUUAACCAGUGUUGUCAGUGACUGUACACUCCUCUGAGAGCUGGUGUCGUGAAACCCUUGCUCUGCCCUAACUUUGCGGACGUAUCCGCUGGGAAUCCCGUCUGUAACCCCCCCAAGAUCAAGUUCAGCUUUGUUGGCAUCUGACUGUACGUAUCUAGAACCAAACGAAACACAUUCCUCCAGACCAUGGUGCACCCACAAAACAUUUAUCACGCGCAACACAUAAAACAAAAUAUUUCCAUCAAUAAUAAAAUAUAAUUCAAAAUGUAUGUAGUUUGCAGCAUAGGUAAAGAGUGACGCUGUCCUAGGAGGGCGUUGACAAGACCUCUGUUGUGGCAGGGUAUUCUUUCUUCUCAUAGUCUAGGGACAGGUGUUAACCCCUAUUGCUGAGAUCUCCGAGACUGUCUGUACCCACAGUGCCUGAACGUACGGCUCGCAAGAGUCUGAUCUGAGGUUUACAGUGAUGGGAGAGUAAAACCAGGGUGAAUCAUUCUCACCGGAAGCUCCUGUGGUAUCCAAAUAAGUCUUUGUAAAUUAGACUGUACCAGCGAAAUAUAAAAAAAUAGCUGUAGAUUCCUGUUGCAUUGUGACAUGUACCACGAAUCAGCAAAUUGUAAAUUUAUCCAAAA